AUGACAGAUACAAAGGCUUCGGCCCAAUACGUUUCGGCCGAGUUAACUCCCAUAUCUUCAUCACAAUCUACACCGAUACCAGGAAGUAUAUUUUCUAAAAUUACCAAUCCUUCAUUAGAUUCAUCUAAUCUUACGAGUCCUGGACAUUUAAGUCCGAACGAAUCAUUAACAUCAACAUCUCAAUCUCAAUCUCAAUCUCAAAAGAAGAAAGCAUCAAGACGAUCAGUAGCUUGUAAGAGUUGUCAUAGUUUAAAAGUUAAAUGUACACCUGCCGAUCCUGAAAAUCCUGGUGGAACUUGUAUAAGAUGUCAAAAUGCUAAUAGAAAAUGUGAAAUCGAUUUAAAUCAAACUAGAAAGAGAAGGAAGGCUUCGGAAUUAGCUUCUAAUACUAAUAGUCAACAUAGUGAAAGCAGUAAUCGGCCGUCUGCUUAUGCUUCUGUUGCUGCUUCUGCCCCAGCCUCAGCCUCAGCCCCUAGUUCAGCCAAGGCAGAAACUAUCACUAGCUUAAGAAAGCAAAUUAAAGCAUUGGAAUCACAAGUCAAAACAUUGAAUAAUCAAUUAACUCAACAACAGCAACAACAACCUCUGCCACUCAUUCAACAUAUUCGGAAAAAUAGUAAUGAAACUAUUUCUGAUCAUGGAUCACCACCAUUUAUAUCUAAAUUUGAUUUAGAACGAGAAAUAAGUACAUUAUGUGAUUCAUCUCAAUCAAGAUUAAGUGAUUUAACUAAUGAUUUAAAAGUUAUUAAUGGAAAAAGAACACAAUUAUUGAAUGAAGGGAGAAUUGUGGAUGUAGUAAGUUUAGGACUUUUAACUCCGACAGAAUCAGAGCAACGUUUACAACUUUAUAGAUCAAAGAUUUAUACUUCAUAUCCAUUAAUUGAAAUUCCUCAAAAUAUAUCAGCUGAACAAUUAAGAAGUGAACAACCAUUUUUAUUUAAUUCAAUAAUGUCAAUUAUUAAUGCAGUAUCUAGUACAGAAACUGAUUUAGAUAAAGCUUUAAAAAUAGAUAAUGCAGCAUUUCAAUCAAUUGCCACAGAAGUUAUGGUUACCGGAGUUAAAUCAGAUGAAUUAGUAAAAUCUUUAUUAGUUUUAUGUUUAUGGUAUAAUAGUCCUGAAUUAUUUAGACAUAGAAGGUAUCAUUUAUUAAUUAGUAUGAGUGUAACUAUGUUACAUGAUUUAGGAAUUGUUGCUAAACCUUCAUUUAAUUCAUUUAAAUCAGAUGAUUCUGGAGUAACUGUUAGUCAUUCAAAUAAUAUAAUUGCUCAAAAUAAAAAGCAAAAUCCUGAUUAUCAAAGUUUAGUUCUUAUAAUUUAUUUUACAGCUGUAAGUAUUUGUCUUAUUUUAAAGAGAACUAUUUAUGUUAAAUGGACUCCUUAUGUGGAAGAAUGUUGUACUAAUUUAGAAACCCUUCCUGAUAUAAGAUGGAAUAAUUUAGCAUUAGUUGCUAGAUUAACUAAUCAAUUAGAUAAAAUUCAUCAUAUUAUUCAUGCACCAGAAGUUGCUGAACGAAGAGUUUCUACUUCAGAAUAUAUUAUUCAUGAAUUUCAAAAAUCUUUAUCAAUUAUAAGAACUAAAAUUGAUGGCAAUGAUUAUGCAACAAAGGCAUUUUAUUAUUCAGUUGAAGCUUAUCUUCAUGAACCAUGUUUAUCAAAUAUAUUUGUACCUAAUCUUGAUCCUGAAGUUGCAAGAUUAACUGAAAGAUCAGCUAAAUCUAUAUCAAAUUGUACAAAUUCUUGUUUAAAUGCUUUAGAUGAAUUUAAUCAUCUUACCCCUGAACAAGUUGUAUGUUUACCAUUAGUUUAUGCUUCAAGAGUUAUUUAUACAGCAGGAAUGUUAUUAAGACUUCGAUAUCUUAUAUUAUCUUUACCAUCUCAUAUUGAAAAGGAUUUAGUACCUUAUCAUGCAAUUAAUGCUAUACAAAAGGCAACAAGAUUAUUAGAUUUAGCCAGUAAUAUGCAUAAAGUUAAUCAUUUUUUGAAAAAGACAAGAUUAAUAUUACAAUUGUUUAUUCAAACUUAUGUAACUCAAGUUCAAGAACUUUUAAGAAAAAAUGGUGAAACUCCUCAAAAUUUUAAACCACUUUCAAUUCCAAAGAAAGAAUUAAAUACUCUUGAUAAAUUAACUGCAUUUUAUCGUGCUCAUCAUGAACGAGGUCAAAAAUCAAUUGUUAAUGAUGAAGCUGUAAAUUCAAAUGUUCCAUUAGAUAUUCUUUCUUAUGCUGCUACUUUUAGAAGAGAUAGUUCUUUCAGUAAUAAUAUUAAUGAUGCAAAAUCUAGUAAUAUUCGUAAGACACAAUCAGAUAAUACUAAUACUGAUCGUCGACCUUCAAUUCAAUCGUUACCGAUGUCAUAUAAUAAUAAUAAUAAUAACAAUAAUAACAACAAUAAUAAUAAUAAUAAUAAUUUUAAUAAUAAUUUUAAUAAUCUAAUGGCUCCACCCCAACAACAAUCUAAUCCUAUUAAUGAUCAAAGAAAUACUCCCCUGGGAAAUACUCCCAUCUAUAGACAACCUUCAAUGUCAUAUCCAUAUCCAAGAAAUAGUCUAUCUAAUUUGGCUAAUCCCGAUCAAUUGGAAACAACAUAUAUGGAUUUGAAUGAAGAAUUUUGGGUAGAUCUCUUAAGUUCAGAAUCCGAUAAGAUUCAUUUCUCGAGUAAUAAUACAAAUAGUGCUAAACAUGAUGAUGUUUUCUUUUUAAAUGGUUAA